AAGCAAAAUAAUCUUAUGCAUUGCUGCAAUCUGUUUUCAGUUCUUGUUGUUGUUGUUGCAGAAGUAAUACAUUUUCCAGAGUGUGUUGAGGCUGUUGGUGCACCUGUUAAGUUUCUUCCAGGAUUCCAAGGGCCACUUCCUUUUGAACUUGAAACUGGGUACAUAGGAGUGGGUGAUUCAGAUGAUGUUCAACUAUUCUACUACUUCAUUAAGUUUGAAUCUAAUCCAAAAUCAGACCCUCUUAUUUUAUGGCUAACUGGAGGCCCUGGCUGCUCUUCUAUAUCUGGCCUUCUCUUAGAGAUAGGUCCAAUAACGUUUGAGCCAGCGGAAUAUAAGUUGUAUGAUUUUAAUAGAUGCUUGGUGGAAUUAACCCUGCGCACAUUUUGGAGCCCACGUGUAAGUUUGCUUCACCAAGGCCACAGAGAUGGAUAG